AUGGAGCCUCAAAACCGCCCAAUCGGAGAGUUUGAUUCACUAGACAUCUUCUUCACAAAACGCCAACCUAUAUGCCCUUUACCACCUACUGGAGAGUUCAAGAUAAGCUCUAAACUCAUUGCUUUGGUGGAGCAGCAUCAGUUUCGUGGCCUAGAGGAAGAGCAGCCCAUUGAUCAUAUUGAGAAGUUUGAAGAAAUCUGCGGCAUACAAGUGGAUGAAGGCUCUUCCAGCAGGAUCAAUCACUACUUGGGAUGA